GAAGUGCGGGCCCGCUGGGCGCCGCUGGCAUUGUGUGGAGCUAGUCGGCCUCCGAGCGGCCUGGCUGUGUGGGCAAGGCCGCGGCGGGCAGCGGCGGCUGCUUCGACCAACUGAGAGCGGCGCAAUGGGGGACGAGAUGGAUGCCAUGAUCCCUGAACGGGAGAUGAAGGAUUUUCAGUUUAGGGCCCUGAAGAAGGUGAGAAUCUUUGACUCCCCUGAGGAGUUGCCCAAGGAGCGCUCAAGUCUGCUUGCCGUGUCCAACAAGUAUGGCCUGGUCUUUGCCGGUGGAGCCAGCGGGUUGCAGAUUUUUCCUACUAAAAAUCUUCUUAUUCAAAAUAAACCUGGAGACGAUCCCAAUAAGAUAGUUGAUAAAGUUCAAGGCCUGCUAGUUCCUAUGAAAUUCCCUGUCCGUCACCUGGCCCUGAGCUGUGACAACCUCACACUCUCCGUGUGCAUGAUGUCCAGUGAAUACGGCUCCAUCAUCGCUUUUUUUGACGUUCGCACCUUCUCAAAUGAGGCUAAACAGCAGAAACGCCCAUUUGCCUAUCAUAAGCUUUUGAAAGAUGCAGGAGGUGUGGUGGUCGAUAUGAAGUGGAACCCCACUGUCCCCUCCAUGGUGGCGGUGUGUCUGGCUGAUGGCAGCAUCGCUGUCCUACAAGUCACAGAAACAGUGAAAGUGUGUGCAACGCUUCCUUCCACCGUAGCAGUAACAUCUGUGUGCUGGAGCCCCAAAGGAAAGCAGCUGGCAGUGGGGAAGCAGAACGGAACUGUGGUCCAGUAUCUCCCAACUUUGCAGGAAAAAAAAGUCAUUCCUUGUCCUCCGUUUUAUGAGUCUGACCAUCCGGUCCGAGUUCUAGACGUGCUGUGGAUCGGUACAUAUGUCUUCACGAUCGUGUACGCUGCUGCAGAUGGGUCCUUGGAGACAUCUCCAGAUGUGGUGAUGGCGCUGCUCCCGAAAAAAGAAGAAAAGCACCCAGAGGUGUUUGUGAACUUCAUGGAGCCCUGCUAUGGCUGCUGCACGGAGAGGCAGCAUCACUACUACCUGAGCUACAUUGAGGAAUGGGAUUUGGUGCUGGCAGCAUCUGCGGCUUCGACAGAAGUUAGCAUCCUUGCUCGACAAAGCGAUCAGAUUAAUUGGGAAUCUUGGCUGCUGGAGGAUUCUAGUCGAGCUGAACUGCCUGUGACAGACAAGAAUGAUGACUCCUUGCCUGUGGGAGUCGCCAUAGAUUAUACUAACCAGGUGGAAAUCACCAUCAAUGAGGAGAAGACUCUUCCACCUGCUCCAGUUCUUAUGUUGCUCUCAACAGAUGGUGUGCUUUGUCCAUUUUAUAUGAUCAAUCAAAAUCCUGGGGUUAGGUCCCUCAUCAAGACGCCCGAGCGGCUCUCAUUGGAAGGAGAGCGACAGCCCAAGUCGUCAGGAAGCACUCCCACGACCCCGACCUCGCCGGUCCCACAGAAGCCCGAGUUGUCAGCCACCGCGGCCCCGGUUUCUGUCCCAGCGUCACUGCCAGCGGCUCCCGCCUCCACCUUCUCUUUGCCCUCUGCUGUGGGAGCCCCUUCCGUGUUCUCCUUUGGUUCUUCGCCAUCCUUAAAAUCAUCUGGUCCCGUCACUGGGGAGCCCCCUCCAUACCCCAGUGGCUCUGACACUUCCAAAGUGUCCGUGGGCUCCGGCACAGCCACCUUCUCCUUCGCUCCUCCUCAAGCCCCACUGGUGCCCACCCCUGCUGCCUCUCCCAUGGCACCCACAGCUGCUUCGUUCUCCUUUGGAUCAUCGGGUUUUAAGCCGACCCUGGAAAGCACGCCGGUGCCAAGUGCAUCCCCUGCAAACAUGGGAGUGAAGCCCUCCUUCCCGCCCUCCACCUCCGCCGUCAAGGCCAACCUUAAUGAAAAGUUUACUGCCGUGGCCGCCCCGGCGCCUGCUAACGGCUCCCAGAGCACGCCCCCGAUGCUGCCGUUCUCCGCCUCCAAGCCGGCUGCUUCUGGGCCCCUCAGCCACCCCACGCCCCUGGCAGCACCGUCUGGCUCCAUGGCCCCGAAGUCCUCAGCCUCUCCCUCAGCAUCAGGGCGAGCUGCUCACGGCGGUCCAGGUGUGGCGCCCUCAGUGGGGCAGAAGUCACCCAGGAUAACCCCUCCGGUGGCGAAGUCAGGCUGUCCCCAGGCAAAAUCACUUCCGCCUCCUGUUACAGAAAAGCAGGGACAUCAGUGGAAAGAGUCAGAUCCUGUGAUGGUUGGAAUUGGUGAGGAGAUCGCGCACUUUCAGAAGGAGCUGGAAGACCUGAAAGCGCGGACUUCAAAAGCCUGUUUCCAGGUGGGCACCACUGAGGAGAUGAAGAUGCUGCGGACAGAGUCAGAUGACUUGCACACCUUUCUUUUGGAGAUUAAAGAGACCACAGAGUCUCUUCAUGGAGAUAUAAGCACCUUGAAGACCACUCUGCUUGAGGGCUUUGCUGGAGUUGAAGAAGCCAGAGAACAAAAUGAGAGAAACCGUGACUCUGGGUACCUGCAUCUGCUCUAUAAGAGACCCCUGGACCCCAAGAGCGAAGCUCAGCUGCAGGAAAUUCGGCGCCUUCAUCAGUAUGUGAAAUUUGCUGUCCAAGAUGUGAAUGAUGUUCUCGACUUGGAGUGGGAUCAGCACCUGGAGCAAAAGAGAAAACAAAAGCGCCUGCUUGUACCGGAGCGAGAGACGCUGUUUAACACCCUGGCCAACAAUCGGGAGAUCAUCAACCAGCAGAAGAAGAGGCUGAACCACCUCGUGGACAGCCUCCAGCAGCUGCGACUUUAUAACCACACCCCACAGUGGAGCCUUCCCUCGGAUGUUUCCUCCCAGCGCAGGACGCACAGUUUUGACAGUGACCUGGAAAGCCUACGCAAUGCUUUAUUGAAAACCACCAUCGAAUCCCACACCAAACCCUUGCCGAAGGUACCAGCUAAACUGUCCCCUGUGAAGCAGGCGCAACUGAGGAACUUCCUGGCCAAGAGGAAGACCCCACCGGUGAGAUCCACAGCCCCAGCCAGCCUGUCUCGGUCAGCCUUCCUGUCUCAGAGAUACUACGAAGACUUGGAUGAAGCCAGCUCAACGUCGUCCGUCUCCCAGUCUUUGGAGAGCGAAGACACACGGGCACCCAGUAAAGAUGACGACGCAGGGGCCCAGGUCCCUCGGCACGCCCCCGUGGUCCGCACACCCUCCAUCCAGCCCAGCCUCUUGUCCCAGGCGGCAGCUCCCUUUGCUAAAUCCCACCUGGGUUAUGGCUCACCAGGUGUGAACCUGGGAACUUCAGUGUCUACGUCCACUGGCAAAAUUAUUCCUCAAGGAGCUGAUAGCACAAUGCUCGCGACCAAAACCGUGAAGCACGGUGCACCGGGUCCCUCCCACACCAUCCCAGCGCCCCAGGCGGCUGCCGCAGCAGCACUGAGACGACAGAUGGCCAGCCAGGCGCCAGCUGUAAGUACGUUGACUGAAUCAACUUUGAAGACUGUCCCUCAAGUGGUAAAUGUGCAGGAACUGAAGAAUAACCCUUCACCCACCUCUGCAGCCUUGGGGUCUUCGGGGCCCUACUCUACGGCCAAGGCACCUCACCCCGUGCUGACCCCAGCGGCCGCUAAUAGCCAAGCCAAGCAGGGAUCGCUGAUAAAUUCCCUAAAGCUGUCUGGGCCCACGGCAGCCUCUGGACAGUUGUCAUCUGGUGAUAAAGCUUCAGGGCCAGGUGCGACCAAGGUGGAACCUGCUGCAACUUCCGCCCCGUCUGCAGUCGGGCAGCUCAGCAAGGCUUUCUCAUUUUCUUCAUCAGGGACUGGCUUUAAUUUUGGGAUAAUUACACCAACACCGUCUUCUAAUUUCACUGCCGCACAAGGGGCAACACCCCCUGCUAAAGAGUCAAGCCAGCCAGACACAUUCUCGUUUGGUGGGGGAGGCAAACCUUUACCUGAGACCAUUUCUGAAAGCUCGUCUCCCUCAGCAGUGACAACAGCAUCAAACACCCCCGGAGCUGCCACUGCCCCUCCAGGAGAGCCUGCUCCUCCGAGUGGCAGGUCUGCAGUGCCUUCUGGGAUUGCUCUCUCCACCCCUCCCAGCAAGCUGGAAACUCCGCCGUCUAAGUUGGGAGAGCUUCUAUUUCCAAGUUCUUUGGCUGGUGAGACUCUAGGGAGUUUCUCAGGACUGCGAGUUGGCCAAGCAGAUGAUUCCACAAAGCCCGUCAGUAAGGCUGCAUCCACAGGCCUGACGAGUGCACAGCCCACCAAGACUCCUCUUGUCCCCUCGGGGUUUAACUUCGCUGGCCCUCCCACCAUAGGCAAGGCUGCAGAGCCUCCUGUGACCUCCUCAGGGACCGCCACCCCAGCGGUGCCAGCUGCCGGCACCAGCACGAGCGGAGCCUCGACAGGUGUCUUCGGCAGUCUGCCCCUCACCAGUGCGGGCUCCUCGGGGUUCAUCAGUUUCAGUGGCCUGUCUCUGAGUGGUAGCAAGACCAGUUUUUCAUUUGGAAGCCAGCAGACGAGUAGUGCAGUGUCCUCAUCUGCCCCGCCAUUGGCCACCACUGCCACUCCCUAUCCCACGUCAUUCCCCACAAUGUCAUUUGGUGGCCUCCUGAGUUCAGCAUCUGCUCCCACCCUACCUGUGUCCUCUGCUCAAAGCACAGAGGAGGCGACGUCAUCAUCUUUGCCCGAGAAGCCAGGCAGCAGCGAGCUCUCGGCAUCAGCAGCCUCGCUUCUCGGGCUGCAGCAGGCGGCCCCGCUUCCCCAGGCUCCCCUGCAGACUCCUGACUCCACUAAGAAAGAGCCUGCCCCUGCCCAGCCUGCAGGCAGCAGUCCCGGCCCCGCAGCAACGAGCACCAGCCUCCUAGCGCCCCCUGCAGAGGCCACGCCAGCAGCCACCGGAGUCCCCGACAUCAAGGCAGAGCCAGCCUCUCCUGCGUCCUCCCUGUCGGUGCCCGGGCAGACUGCUGUCACAGCAGCUACAACCCCAAGUGCGGGCCCUGUGACGGCAGAAACGUCAAGUGCCCCCACAGCCACCAGCGCUGUUUCCAGUGUUGCCCCGAGCCCAGCUGCUGACACGGUGGUGUUUGGGACUGUCACUUCUGGCUCCUCUGUCUUUACCCAGCCACCUGCUGCCAGUUCUAGCUCAGCUUUCAGCCAGCUCCCCAGCAGCACAGCCACCGCCCCUUCGGCCACCGCUGUGUUCGGGCAGGUGGCAGCCAGCACCGCGCCGAGCCUGUUUGGGCAGCAGACGGGCAGCACAGCCAGCACAGCGACUGCCACGCCGCAGGCCAGCGGCUCGGGGUUUGGCAGCCCAGCGUUCGGCGCCCCGGCCACAGGCGUCUUUGGCCAGACGGCCUUCGGGCAGUCCCCAGCCUUCGGGCAGCCGGCAAGCAGCGCGGCGAGUGGCUUCUCCUUCAGCCAGCCUGCAUUCAGCUCCGGGCCUGUCUUCGGCCAGUCCGCACCCUCCACGUCCACGUCUACCGGCGGGAGCGUCUUCGGUGCUUCCUCAGGCUCCAGUAGCUCCAGCUCUUUCUCCUUCGGACAGUCAUCCACCAGCACAGGAGCGGGGGUGUUUGGCCAGAGCAAUCCCCCGGCCUUUGGUCAGAGCCCUGGCUUUGGGCAGGGGGGCUCUGUGUUUGGAGGCACCUCGGGCACCACCACGACAGCAUCAUCCUCGGGGUUUAGCUUUUGUCAAGCUUCAGGUUUUGGAUCUAGUAAUACUGGUUCUUUGUUUGGUCAGGCCACCAGUACUGGUGGAACAGUCUUUGGCCAGCAGCCCUCAUCUUCCAGUGGAAGUGUGUUUGGGUCUGGAAGCACUGCAAGAGGGGGAGGGUUCUUCAGUGGCCUUGGAGGGAAACCCAGCCAGGACGCAGCCAACAAAAACCCAUUCAGCUCGACCAGCGGGGGCUUCGGGUCUACAGCCACCUCAAAUACCUCAAACCUGUUCGGAAACAGUGGGGCCAAGACAUUUGGAGGCUUUGCCAGCUCGUCGUUUGGAGAGCAGAAACCCACAGGCACCUUCAGCUCUGGAGGAGGAAGUGUGGCGUCCCAGGGCUUCGGGUUUUCCGCACCCACUAAAGCAGGUGGCUUCGGUGCUGCUCCAGUGUUUGGCAGCCCUCCUACUUUUGGGGGAUCCCCUGGGUUUGGAGGGGUGCCAGCAUUCGGUGCAGCCCCAGCCUUUACAAGCCCUCUGGGCUCGACGGGAGGCAAAGUGUUCGGAGAGGGCACUGCGGCUGCCAGCGCAGGAGGAUUCGGGUUUGGGAGCAGCAGCAACACCACGUCUUUUGGGACCCUCGCCAGUCAGAACGCACCGACGUUUGGAUCGCUGUCCCAGCAGACCUCGGGGUUCGGCACGCAGAGUGGGGGGUUCUCUGGCUUUGGAUCAGGCACAGGAGGAUUCAGCUUUGGAGCCUCUAAUUCGUCUGUCCAGGGCUUUGGUGGCUGGAGAAGCUGAGCGGAUGUCGUGUUCCGUUCAGUCCCUGUGCCCAGCUGCCUCCUCAGCUCCCCUUCACUGAGAAGCGCUGAAGGAGCCCUUGCACGUGGACACUCUGACACCCCAGAGAGAAGCAGCAGGACCAGAGCCAGCAGAUGCUUCUAGGUUGUUCCCCCUCCGCGCCUGCUAUUAAACCGUUUGGUUUGUUUGCAUACAAAA